AUGUACAGAAUAGAUGUUUCAGAUUUUUAUGACUUCCAAGCAUUCAGAAAUAUGUGUCCAUUUAGAGACUAUAACAAAGCAGUCGAGAAUUUGAAACGUUUAGUCAUUUAUGUUGACUCUGCCCCAGAAUGUUAUGUCAUGAAAGAAUGGGAUGUUGUCUUUAACAAACCAAGAGCAACAAUAGUUUCAGAACAAGAAUGUAGACAGAAACUUAAGAAAAUAAAAGUUGUACAAGUUGGAAUGAAGAUGUUAGAUGCUUGGGAUAUCUUAUUGUCAAAGUUAGAAGAUUUUUCAGUUCGAGGUAUAAAGUUCUAUACACCUUCUCCAAACUUCUAUUCUAUCUUCACUGGAUAUAAAUAUGAACAAGUAGAAUGGAAAGAAAAUAUUAUAGAAGCUUGGUUAGACCAUGUCAAAGAAAUUAUAUGCAAUGGAAACGAAAAGGUUUAUGAGUAUAUCUUAUGUUGGUUUGCAAACAUCUUACAACAUCCAAGUGCUAAAAAUGAAACUGCUCUCAUUAUAAUUGGAAAACAAGGAACAGGUAAGAACACAUUCUUUACAGAUAUCUUGUGCAAACUGUUAGAAG